GCAGGCGGGCGGGGGUGUCAGUGAGUGACGGUGCGGCCUGGCCCGCAGGCGGCAUGGGGCGGGUGCAGCUCUUCGAGAUCCGCCUGAGCCGCGGCCGCGUCGUCUACAGCCCCGGGGAGCCGCUGGCAGGGACCGUCCGCGUAUGCCUGGGGGCGCCGCUGCCUUUCCGAGCCAUCCGAGUAAGCUGCACAGGCUCCUGCAGGGUCUCCAGCAAGGCCAACGACGCUGCAUGGGUGGUGGAGGAGGGCUAUUUCAACAGCACUCUGUCGCUGGCUGACAAGGGGAGCCUGCCCACCGGAGAGCACAACUUCCCUUUCCAGUUUCUGCUUCCUGCCACGGCACCCACGUCUUUCGAGGGACCUUUUGGGAAGAUCGUGCACCAGGUGCGGGCCACCAUCGACACGCCACGCUUCUCCAAGGAUCACCAGUGCAGCUGUGUCUUCUACAUCUUGAGCCCCCUGAACCUGAACAGCAUCCCGGAUAUCGAGCAACCCAAUGUGGCCUCCGCUACCAAGAAGUUCUCCUACAAGCUGGUGAAGACGGGCAGCGUGGUCCUCACAGCCAGCACAGACCUCCGAGGCUAUGUGGUGGGGCAGGUGCUGCGGCUGCAGGUGGACAUCGAGAACCAGUCAGGCAAGGACACCAGCCCCGUCGUGGCCAGUCUGCUGCAGAAAGUCUCCUACAAGGCCAAGCGCUGGAUCUACGACGUGCGGACCAUUGCGGAGGUGGAGGGCGCCGGCGUCAAGGCCUGGAGGCAGACGCAGUGGCAAGAGCAGAUCCUGGUGCCUGCCCUGCCUCAGUCUGCCCUGCCGGGCUGCAGCCUCAUCCACGUGGACUACUACCUGCAGGUCUCCCUGAAGGCGCCUGAAGCCUCCGUGACCCUCCCGGUCUUCAUUGGCAAUAUCGCUGUGAACCAAGCCCCGCUGAGCCCCCGGCCAGGCCUUGGGCCGCCUGCUGGGGCUCUGCCCUCCGUGGUGCCCUCUGCGCCGCCCCAGGAGGAAGCAGAGGCGGCUGCUGGCUACCCCCACUUCGCAGACCCUGUCUCCCUCAUCACCCAGAGCCAUUCGCAGCAGCCACUGUCUGGCGGUCCUGAUCUCUGUCCUCUGGACGGCAGCCCUGCAUCCCACCCCCUGCCCCCUGCCUUGUGCAUCUCCACAGGUGCCACUGUGCCCUACUUUGCGGAGGGGUCCGGAGGGGCGGUGCCCACCAUUGGUACCUUGAUUCUCCCCCCAGAGUACAGUUCGUGGGGCCACCCCUAUGAGGCUCCGCCGUCCUACGAGCAGAGCUGCGGCGGUGCGGACCCCGGCCUGACCCCAGGGAGCUGACCCUGAACCGAUCCGCCUUCUGCAGGCGGGCUGACCUUUGCUGUGGGACUCAGGGCCUCAUGCUUUCACUCCCGGCCUGGCCCGGCCUACUCAGGACUCUUCACGCGCUGCCGGGCCCUCUGCCUCCCCUGGGCCUCCUCUUUGGCCCCUGCAGUCGGCCUCUCCCAGCGGCGGGACUGGACGGACAGGUGUAAAUAAAGCGCUUCAUUUGUAGUGCAGGGCGCAGGUCGGCCUCUCGGGCGCCCUCCUGCGUCUGGAGGUGCGGGUCCAGCCUGGGGGCCUUUUCCCCGGACACGCCCCCAUCCCCUCGGGCGCGCCCCCUUGCCCCGCCCGUUCCCACCGGGCGAGCCCCCUCACCCAGGCCCAGCUCUCCCCGGGCGCGCCCCCUUUCCUAGGCCCCGCCCUUUCCGGGGUGAGUCCCUCUCCUCGGACCGGGCCCCUCCUCCUUCCGGGUGUCUUGGGCCGCAUGCGCCCCGGAGGAGCGAGAGCUAGAGGUGGUGCUCGGACUCCCGGCGCUGCAUAGGGAUGUUCCUUGGGAGCCAGGUUUCAUGUCUGGAGCUCUGGCCUUAAUUUAAGAUGGGUUUGUGACGGGGAGGAGGCCACCCUGUUCCACUUCAUAAACACGCUCGUGGGCCAGCCGCUGAGCACGCAUCGUUGCAGGCAGCGCGGUUUAAACCUCCUGCGCCCGGGAUCCGGUCGGGUGAGGAGAGGGUCGCCCUUGGGCUUGGCCUCAGGUGUCACAUCUGGCUGAGACUGCUUCUCACCUCCCAUCCAGUACGACCACUCAGGCCUGACCCCGAGGUCUGUGUUUUUAAGGGCUGUCAUUUAGCUCUCAAGGAACCCCAGCGCAAAUAAAAAGCCGGGGUUUUGC